UGGACGAGCGUCUUGUUCAGCCAUGUUGUGGUUUUGAAUGAGGAAGAAGCGGGAGAUAAUAUUCUUCAACGAGUUUAUAUGCAAUUUAAAGUCACGUUACGGGUAUAUACAUGAGUUAGGCAGUGGCUCAAAAUGAUAACCGUUUUUUCGAAAGCGUCGGUUGCGACUUAUCGCAUUCCCGUAGGAAUUUAAACAUACUUCCACAAAUUAGCCGUGUGGCUAACAACGUUAGCUAGCAAGGUACUUAGCAUUGUGUGCUAGCUAGGCAACUGGCUAAUUCUCAGUUAACUAGCUAACGGUUAGCUCGUUUCGUGGGACAGUAAAAUGAUAUUUGUGAAGAGUGUUAGCCUUUGAAAUAGCCCCAGCUAGCCUGCCUCAGUCGAAUGAAGCGCAUUAGCUUGGUUUCGUUUGACUAUAUUGACAGGUAAACUGGAAGCAGCGGUAGCGUUUUAUCUGUAACGGCGUUAUUUCUAAAACUUUUGAGCCAUGCUGAAUAAAAUCUACGAAUGGAUAGAAACAAGCUUUGCCAAUCUUCGCAAUGGUGUGCCAGCUGCGGAAGACUCAGAUGCACACGGGGCACCGAGAGAUGGUCAGAUGAGGAGGAAAAGACCAAUUGAAUGUUUGGAAGAUGGACAUAACGUCGACCAAGAUGGCUUAAUGAUUAAGAAAUCUCGAAUGGGCGAUCUUAUUGACACAGUCAAGGUUGCAGCUGAGGGGGUUAAGACUCAUAGCUCCAGUGUGGCUACAUGGAUGAGGAACAACGUGAGCCCUACCUUGAGAAAUAUACUCCCUGCCUCCCCUGGUCCUCCACCUGGAGAUCCCCAGCCAUCAACUUCAGCAGCAGUCUGGGCAAAGAGGCCGAUCGUUGAAAGGAACUCUUUGGGCGAGACGUUCGUGGCUCCCUCUACAACUAUGUCAUGGAAAACAUCCAAAUCUGAUUGCUUGCGUAAUGAGAAGUCGCUUCUGGGAUCAAAAGUCUGUCGGCGACAAGUGUGCAUGAGUCCGACACAUCGUGAAGUGCCAAAAACAAAUGGGCACUCAGUCAACUUGCCAUCGUCCAUCACACCUGAAUUACACCCCUCCCUACGGUUAGGAAGGCCCCUAAAUCUCCGACCACAUGGAACGCCAAGUCAAUCUAGUGGAGUGGCAAGCAGCUCCAGCAUGUACGAGAAGACCUUUCCCAUCAAAGUGGUGCAGAGCCCCACACACAGCACCUCAUCUGGCCAUGCACACAGAGCCAGGCCUCACUGCACAGCACAGGAGUCUGUUCAUGAGGAGGAGAAGGAGGUCUACAGGCAGCUUCUGACCAUGGUCUCUGGUGGUCAGUCAUCUUUCCUACACAACGGCAGCCCACAUGCCAUUGUGAGGUCGCACAGAGAUUUCACCAGCUUCCUGACCACCAGCCGCAGACUGCUUCAGUUCUCUUCCCCUGCUGGGUCAGCAGCAGAAGGAACUUCAGAGGCACCCAGCAGCCCCCCAAGCCCCAGGGGUGUGUCAAGCCAGAGUUCCAGCAACCUCCCAAGCCCAGUGGGGGCAGUCAACAGGCCAGGGACCCAGACAUGGUCUCUGGACACGGACCUCAGCUCCAGCAGAGCAGCUACUCUUACAUCAGUUCCCUCCCCAUCUGCUCUGCAGGAUACCUCCUCUCAGGACACACAAUCAUCAGCUCAUGAUGGUGACUCUGUAAUUAUUUUAAAUGAGCAAAAGGGUAAAAAGAAAGACAGCUCAAGUGUGCCAUGUUUCCAAGCUGAGUUAUGGAUCAAAGAAUUGACUAGUAUGUAUGACUCUCGGGCAAGAGAAAGACGGAGACAGAUAGAAGAGCAGGAAGCGCUGGCUGCCCAGCUUCUGCGACAGCGUCUGUCUGAAGAGGGACAACGCAGCCCACAUGUGGAAGUCCAUGUUCGAGUUCCUUUGGAGAAGGAGGUUCCUUUAACUCUUGUGAUAGAACAACCAAAGCCUUUGGAAGAGAAACCAGAGUUCCCUGAACUCACAGAGGAAAUGGAGGCUGAUGUGAACAGGGCGCUGAGAGGAGGUGGUUCUCAUGAAGUAUUAAGUGAAGGCUUUGGUCUCAGCCUGACCCGCAAAGACCUGCAGACCCUCAGCAACCUGAACUGGCUCAAUGAUGAGGUGAUAAACUUUUACAUGAACCUGUUGGUCGAGCGCAGCAAGGAUCCCAAUCUGCCAUCCGUCAAUACAUUCAACACCUUUUUCUACCCAAAGUUGCGCUGCAGUGGCUACUCUACUGUCCGCCGUUGGACCAAAAAGAUGGACAUCUUUGCUAAAGACAUCCUGUUGGUUCCUGUCCACUUAGGGGUGCACUGGUGUCUCUCUGUGGUGGAUUUCCGCAAAAAGGCUAUCCUGUAUUUUGAUUCUAUGGGAGGAAACAAUGAUGAAGCAUGCAGAAUAUUGUUUGACUACCUGCAACAGGAAAGUAAAGACAAGAAGGGCAAGGCACUGGAUACCUCAGGCUGGAUUCUGCACAGCAAAAAGCGCAAUGAAAUCCCACAGCAGAUGAAUGGUAGUGACUGUGGAAUGUUCACAUGCAAAUAUGCAGAUUACAUUACCAAAGACAAGCCAAUCACAUUCACGCAGAAACACAUGCCCUACUUCAGAAGACGGAUGGUGUGGGAGAUUGUGAACCACAAGCUGUUGUGAUGUCAGCAUAAGAAUUUUGAACUUGUAUAGUGGAUUUGUGAUGAUGAUGAUAAUAAUUAAAAAAAAAAAAACGAGUCGUAACGAUGGCUGAGCUACAGGAUCCACAUGUCCUGUUCUGGGAAAGACUUGCACACCAGCUCAUCAGAUCAGGAACCAGCUCUGCUACUCUGCAUCGUCUCAGCCCUCAGCUGAUCUUAGCUGAUGGGAUGAUGCCGGAGCAUCAACCACUGCCUCCCAAUACUCUACUCCACUUUGUUGUUUUAUGAUGCACCCAUGGAGCAUCAAUACAGCAGCUGCGUACUGCGUGUUUUGUAUUGCCCAGCCAGAACUUUUUUUUUGAGAUCACUUGUACUGACUUACAAAACCAUACUCUGAGCUGCAAUGAUCACUUUGAUGCAGACAUACAAAGUUUACAUGUUUUUGUCUUACAGGGAGAUGAGCACAUAAUGCUGCAUAAUUUUUUAUAAUGGCAGUAAUGCUGCAUUUUGGUGUCACUGUCAAUGUUUGAUACUCUUGGUAUGUGAAAAAAAAUAUGGACUGACCAAGGUAAUAUGAAUGCCCAUGAAACUAAAAUUUGAGUGAGAACUAUUCUUAAAAUCUGUUUUGUGGCAUGAGACUUCUAUUUUUUUAUAUAAUUUGUUUGAUUAAAAUGCACAAAAGUCUUCAAAUAUGA